AGGGGCGCGGAGAGGCGUCUGGAGACGGCCCUGCGGGCGCCCACGGGACCAGCAGCCCCGAGUCGCCAGGGAAUAUGGGCGUGCUCAGGGCCGGCCUUUGCCCAGGCCUCACCGAGGACAUGGUCCAGCUUCUGAGGAGCCACGGAUUCAAGACAGAUGAGGAAAAGCCCGGCACGGGAGGCCCCGCCCUCCCUGCCCAUCAACCACGGCGCGUUUCGUUUUCAGUGGUGGACCUGGUUUCCGCAGACCUGGAAGAGGCGGCCCGGAAAUGUGGCUUGUCCUACAAGGCCCUGGUUGCCCUGAGGCGGGUGCUGCUGGCUCAGUUCUCGGCUUUCCCCUUCAACGGCGCUGAUCUCUACGAGGAACUGAAGACCUCCACUGCCAUCCUGUCCACCGGCAUUGCAAGCCUAGACAAACUGCUUGAUGCCGGUCUCUAUACGGGAGAAAUGACCGAAAUUGUAGGAGUCCCAGGUAGCGGCAAAACCCAGGUAUGUCUUUGUGUGGCUGCAAAUGUGGCCCAUGGCCUGCAGCAGAACAUCCUAUACAUUGAUUCCAGUGGAGGGCUGACAGCCUCCCGCAUCCUCCAGCUACUCCAGGCCAGAACCCCAGAUGAGGAAGAGCAGGCAGGAGCUCUCCAGAGGAUCCAGGUGGUGCGUGCCUUUGACAUCUUUCGGAUGUUGGAUGUGCUGCAGGACCUCCGAGGUGCUGUGGCCCAGCAGGUGAGUGAUUCUUCAGGGACUGUGAAGGUGGUCAUUGUGGACUCGGUCACCGCUGUGGUCUCCCCACUUCUGGGAGGUCAGCAGAGAGAAGGCUUGGCCCUGAUGAUGCAGCUGGCCUUAGAGCUGAAGACCCUGGCCCGGGACCUUGGCGUGGCAGUGGUGGUGACCAACCACAUGACCCGAGACAGGGACAGCGGGAAGCUCAAACCUGCCCUGGGCCGCUCCUGGAGCUUUGUGCCCAGCACCCGGAUUGUCCUGGCCAUCUGUGAAGGAGCAGGAACACCAGGCAGUCAGCGCACAGCAUGUCUCACCAAAUCUCCCCGUCUGCCAACAGGUUUCCAGGAGGCAGUCGACAUUGGGACCUGGGGGACUCUGGAGCAGAGCCCAGUGCUACAGGGAGAUCAGACAUGACUGUGCUGUUGAUUGGGAAGGGAAGAGGUGCCAAGGCCCCCAACUCUCCUGUGCAGGAAUGCCUGCUGUUCACUGCUAGCCAGCACUUGGCACUGCAGGAGACGCUCUUGGGCUGGGCAGAAGAGAUCUGUAUCCUCAGCUUCUCUCUCUCUGUGGAAACACAGAGUAACUGGCAAGAGAGGAUGCUCUAGUGGAAGGACCCAGAAAUUCAUGCUGGAGCCAAGUUUUCUUCCAUUGUCUCUACCAUGUAUGUUUCUAGUGGGAGUCAAGUUCCCCCUGGCUUGGGGCAUCUCAAGAGGCACACUAGUGACUGGGUAACCUUGUGCAUCACCGUCGACCCUGCGCUCCAUCCUAACACAGUGACCGGACCAUGAAACCUGCCUUUGCUUCUCUUUGUUUUUUUGCAUCUCUUUGUCCAUCUGUAAAAUGAGGCUCUUCCCUUUAGCUGUUUUUGAGUUACUGAGUUGAAGUAACCUUGUAAAUGCAAAAUUCUUCUUUAUCUAUGUUCUGCUCUUAAAAAUAUAAAAAGGAACUUCCCUGA